AGGGCUUCGAUGAUAAUACCUUCACCCAUGAAAAUAUACAAGGCGGAGGCUAGGGUUUUGCAGUGCACUGACCACCAUACUUACCAAGUCGCACUAUAAAAGUGCCUUCUAGUGCUGUAUCGUUGGAUCUGAAUUCUGAGCGACUAAGCCUUUGCUCACCCGUCGUAAGUGCUGGGGUAUUUGUUGAACACAAUCUUAAAAAGUGCAAAUUCCUUUCAAGAUGAGCCGACCAAUGGAGGAAGAGGUUAGCAAGAACGAGGAGGAGGAGUUUAACACUGGACCCCUUUCAGUACUUAUGAUGAGUGUCAAAAAUAACACACAGGUGCUCAUUAAUUGUCGGAACAACAAAAAACUUCUUGGUCGCGUUAGAGCCUUUGAUCGGCAUUGCAACAUGGUUCUUGAAAAUGUCAGGGAGAUGUGGACUGAGGUACCUAAGACAGGGAAAGGCAAGAAAAAGGCCAUGCCAGUGAACAAGGACAGAUUCAUUAGUAAGAUGUUUCUGCGUGGAGACUCUGUAAUCAUUGUUCUUAGGAAUCCCAAGUGAUGGAGAGCUGCUUUUGAAAUCAAUGGAUCUUGUGGCUGGGUCAAGUAUAUUACUGUAUCUGGAAUGGGAAUUGGCUGCUAUUAUCGGCACAUUAAAACCUGAUUUAUGCAGCCUUUCAGACUCCACAUCAGAAUUUCAUAUUAGCUGUAAAACCAAAUUGAGUUGCUCCUUGUGUAGGAAGUGUAGCUAACUUUUAGCCUCUUAAUGAUACGGCCCCUUGUUAAGUUGCGAUUCCAUUGUUAAUGACAUUGUACCUGUUCAUUU